AUGCUGAUGAGUUCUCCGGCGAAGCACGAACGAGACGAUCUCUCCGGCAGUGAUACUCUGUACCUCGCUGAAACACAUGCAAGUUCACCUCAGAAACCUAUUGAAUUUCCAAUCUUUGCCAACAAUACUAUUCAUAUUCCCAUCAAUGAUGCUCAUCAGAUCUUAUCAGAUGAUGAGAAAAGAUCUCUAUACGACAGAAAUGGUGAGGCAUGA